AUGUCAAAAGCUGGGGUAGACCUCGCCUCCCUCUCGCUCUAUCCUGCCACAUCCGAGCAGGUAGCCGAAUCUCGGAGACGUCAAUUCGUCCAAUGGGGACAGCAUCUCACCGAGGACCAGUUUAACGGGCUCAGCGACAUCUACGACGCACGAGAGCAGGCGACCGGCGGAAAGUGGACACCAUGGGUCCUCGCGCCCAGGGACGACCCAAAGACGCUCGACUUCAUGUGUGCAUGCGAGACAUACCGCCGAGUAGCCCUCGUGAAGCGACCUAACAGCACCACCCUCGACCAAGUCCCCGCAUUCGGCCUCGCGUGCGUUCUUACCCCCAAAGCCAACCGUGGCAAAGGCUACGCGUCGCACAUGGUGCGCCUCCUCCACUGGGUCCUCGCUGCCGAUACCCUCGAUCCCGCGCUCUUUCCCAGCGCGUGGGGCGCGCCUCCGCCCAAGCCGCCCGGCGUCAACAUCGGCGACGCACAGUUCUGCGUGCUAUACAGCGACGCCGGUGCGGAUUUCUACCGCAUGUCCGGGCCCACGCAGGAUAAGAGUGGCGGAUGGGAGGUGAAGGGCAACGUCUCGACGCUAUGGGAGGUUGCUGCUGUAAACGACAAUAAGAGCGUCGAAGCUGCGGACAAGCUGCGUUGGAACGACCUUCGGGAGGAAGCGGGGUUGGAAGCGCUGUGGGCGAGAGACGCACAGUACAUCCAGGAUUUGGUCGCCGCAGCGAGCCUGCCGAGUCCAAGCACGGCGGUGAUUGUGUCGUUCUUGCCCACUCAAGGCAUCGCGAUGUACCAAGUCCCCCGAUCUAGGUGGCACACGGAGCACAUGCACACGCUCGAUGUGUGGGGAACAGAACUCCACGAUCAGCCGGCGGACGAGCCGACGUACGCGACGUGGGCGGUCGACACGGCGUACAAUCCUCCACGGCUCAUUGUAACUCGUAUCAGAGCGAGCUCGAAGACGUUCCCCUUGCUUAUAAACAAGAUCUUGCGGAUCGCGAAGGAAGCGGGGCUUCAGAAGGCGGAGAUAUGGAAUUUGAGCGAGUCGCUGGUAGAGGUGGCUGCGUCACUGGGCGGCCGGACGUAUGAGAGGACGGAGCAUCUGCCUGCGCUCAGAUGGUAUGGCAAAGAGCAGACGCGGGACAUUCAUUGGGUGUUCAAUGAGAAGUGA